GUACCCUCGAGCAACAUUUUUUUUUUGUUUCUAUUCAUAUUUAAAACUUUUCUCAGAAUGCUUGAUGCAUCUGACAAAAAAUAUGAUACUUUUUUCAUAAAUUAAAGAAUCAUUUCUCCCUCAUUUAUAACAAUAACAGAAGUCUGUCGACGACCUCGACACUCCUAAAAAAUGCUCAUGUGCUCUCGCCCUGAAAUGGGAAAAAUGAAAUAAAUUUCAUUGCAUAAUUCAUGGGCCACAGGGGAUCGGGGGUGUUGGUGUUGGGGUAAGACAGCCCCAGCCGCUUGCCAUUUUGUAUGGUCAUAAAUCUUUUGGCAUAUGGGCUGCCAUUUCCCAUCAUCAUCAUCAGCAGAAACGGAAAAGAAAUGUGAAAUCCGAAUAAAGCGCACACGAAAAAUAUUUUUAAAAAUUAAAUUUUUAUUGUUCUCCCUUAUCGUUAGCCAAAUGCCCAUAAACAAUUCAUCAGAAAGCGAGCAAACAAACGAAAACAAACAACAGAUAUUGUUUACAAUUGCCUAAAAGGGCACGAGACAACGAAAUAAAAUAGUUUGCAUAUUCAUUCCAUGACAAGUGGCUAAAACAAUAAGCACAAAACGUUUUAAAACUCUCUCUCGAAAUACAAACAAUGAACGGCAACAGCAGCAAUAUCAACGCCAGCAACAUCAAGUGCAGCAGCAACAGCAACAGCAACAGCACGGCUGCAAUAUCAACAUCGUCAGGAGGAGCAGGUCCAGUCACUCGGUCAUCAACGGGAGCAACAACGAUGGCAACAACUAUGUUCUAUGGCUAAUACAAAAGCUACAAACAACAAAUCGCCCAACAACAACUAAGCCAAAAGUUCGCCAAAGCAUUUGAUGCUAAAACAACAAGGAAAACAACAAAAACAUCACAAACAUCAGCAGCAGCAGCAGCCACAUCAACAUUGGCUACACUUUUACGAGUUGCCAACUACCUUGUACAACGAAUUUUUAUUAUUGCAAAAGGCUUAAGGCGGCACAUUGACGGGAUCGGCAUACUCAUCCGGAAUCAUUCUAGUCCGAGUAUGCAAUGGCAGCGGGAAGAGCAGCCGCGACGCUGGAGGCUCCGGGUCCGCCCAGCGGUCAAGACAUAGCCAGCGACAACAGCGCCCAGCGGCGAACGCUGGCAACGAAGGUGCGGCGAAAAGGGCCACGCCCACAGCGGCGCCUGCAUCCGCCUUUGCGUCCCCGCCUGCCGCUCCAUGGGCACCUGCUACUGUGGCUGCUGUGCUGCUGCUGCCAACUGGGCCAGCUGAGGGCCGAGUGCCCGGCGGUGUGCGAGUGCAAGUGGAAGAGCGGCAAGGAGUCCGUCUUGUGCCUUAACGCCAACCUAACUCACAUCCCACAACCGCUAGACGCGGGCACCCAGCUGCUGGAUCUAAGCGGUAAUGAGAUCCAAUCGAUACCGGACGACAGCUUUGCAGCGGCCCAGUUGCUCAACCUGCAAAAGGUUUACUUGGCCAGGUGUCACCUCCGACUGAUCGAGCGUCAUGCCUUUCGCAAGCUGAUAAACCUGGUGGAGUUGGAUUUGAGCCAGAAUCUUCUCUCGGCAAUACCUUCGCUGGCCCUCUACCAUGUCUCGGAGCUAAGGGAAUUGCGGCUCAGUGGCAAUCCCAUACUGAGAGUACCGGAUGAUGCUUUCGGUCAUGUCCCACAACUGGUGAAGCUUGAAUUGAGCGACUGCCGGCUAUCGCAUAUUGCGGUGCGGGCCUUUGCCGGACUGGAAAGCAGUCUAGAAUGGUUGAAACUGGACGGGAAUCGGUUAAGCGAGGUUAGGAGUGGCACCAUUACCUCGCUGGCCUCACUUCAUGGCCUGGAACUGGCCCGCAAUGCCUGGAACUGCAGCUGUUCCUUAAGACCUUUAAGAGCCUGGAUGCUACAGCAGAAUAUACCAAGCGGCAUACCGCCAACCUGUGAGUCCCCUCCAAGAUUGUCUGGCAGAGCGUGGGAUAAACUCGAUGUGGAUGACUUUGCCUGCGUUCCACAGAUCGUGGCCACAGACACAACGGCCCAUGGAGUGGAGGGAAGGAACAUAACUAUGAGCUGUUAUGUGGAAGGAGUGCCACAACCUGCUGUCAAGUGGCUGCUGAAAAACCGAUUGAUAGCCAAUCUAAGUGCUGGCGGAGAUGGGGACUCCGACUCGGAACCUAGGACUGCAGCAGCUACUCAGGGAAGGAAGACCUAUGUGGUCAAUAUGCUGAGGAAUGCCUCGAACUUGACCAUUCUCACGGCCGACAUGCAAGAUGCAGGGAUCUAUACAUGCGCGGCGGAAAAUAAGGCUGGAAAAGUAGAGGCCAGUGUAACUUUGGCUGUAUCACGGCGACCACCGGAAGCUCCGUGGGGCGUCAGGAUAAUCCUCCUUGGCGUUAUAGCCGCAUUACUCUUGGUCGGAGGAUCGUCCUUUGCGGCCAUUUGUUUGUGUUCCCUGCAAAGGCGACGAAAGCUGCGACUCUGGAACUCUGUACCGCCUGUGAGGAGAAGUGAGAGUUACGAAAAGAUCGAGAUGACGGCCAGGACGAGACCGGAUCUGGGCGGUGGAGCCAGUUGUGGCGGGGGCAGUGCAACGGGCGCCGGACUUUUUCACGAUGCCGAGGAACAAGGCUACUUGCGGGCAGCUCACACCCCUCUUAAUGACAAUGAUGCGGGACAGGUGGCGGCCAUUGUGAAUCCGAGUGCAGGAAGUGCCCAGCGGAGAAACGGUGACUACCUGCACGUGUCUACCCACUGCGACGACGACGAGGAGGAGCAGCAGCAGCUGCAUCACCAUCCACAGCACCAGUCAGGGAAUCAGCACCACCCACAUCCCAAUCAGCAGCAGCAGAGGAAGGGUUCCCAGGGCCAUGUUGCCUCCGCAUCCGGGGCGAAUAAUUCAGCACCGAUGGAGGAAACGGAUCUGCACAUACCGCGCCUCAUCGACAUCGGCGGUACGGAUUCUGCCUCGAGUUCUAUCUCCAGCCAGGUGGAUGCCGCUGCACGCUUAGCGGGCUAUGCCGGACACACCUGGAAGACCACACCCAUUGCCACCACCAAGAUUAAUUCGCCGCACAGCAAACCGGCCACCUCUGCGGCAUCGUCGUCACUGAAUCCUCCUGGCACGUCGACGGCCUACGCCCACUAUGGCAAUCAUCCGCCGGACGAGAUGGCUAAAUCAGUGUUCUGCAGCGAAGGGCAGGAGAGCGAUCUCUUCGAUAGCAACUAUCCGGAUCUGCUGGACAUAGCUAAGUACGCGGUGGCUCAGGCGCAACAGGAAGGUCGGGGGCAGGGCUACGGCCAGGUCACCCCCACUCCGAACGGCGGUCUGUGCACCCUGCCCCGAAAACUGAAGACCAGUGGGAAGUACUUCCGCAACUCGUCGGACAGUCAAUCGCCCCUGCUGGCGGAUAACUCCAGCAAAUACGGGAGUAGCACCCUGGGCGACGGAAGUUUUCUAAACGAAGCCAUGGGUCUGGGUCGGAGAUAUUCGGCUGAGUCAAGUUAUGCGAACUAUUCGAGCACGGCCACUUAUACGGGCGGUGGCCAGCGGGCUAAUAGUUUCCUAAAUCUGGUGCAAAGUGGUGCCCACAAGGGCAAUCUGAUGCCGGGUCAUCUGGGCCAAAAACCCAGCCUGCCCUCUAGUCCUGUGCAGCAUCAGCGGUCCCUAUCAAGUGCAGCCACUCCCCUUCUGGACUUCUCUGCCCUAGCUUCACGGGCCGCCGGCGCAGCCAAUUCCUCGGUGGCUGCCUAUGAUUACCAUGCUGCUCAGUUGGAGCGGUUUCUGGAGGAGUACCGCAACCUGCAGGAUCAGCUGUGCAAGAUGAAGGAAACCUGCGAUACGAUCCGUAAAAAGGAGACUCCACUGCGAGUGGCCAUUGGCCAGUCGGCUGCCCAGCUAGCGGAUCCCGUGAUGUACAGUGCAGCCUCGCAUAGUUCCAAACCGCCGGCGGCGAGCAAUCUAAAGGCCAAGACCCUGCUCCCGGGACAACCACCAGAUCCACCACCCUACUGGUUGCACCGCAACGCCAUGUUGAAGCGGUUGAACGGAGAUGGCAGUGGCGGGGCGAAUGGGUCAGGUGGAUCCCCAGCCUCCCCACAGCCCGGACAGGAUAUUUUCAAGAGCUAAUCGCAAUCGUGUACAGCCGGAGGAUUGAGUGAUGGGAGCAGAAGGAAAAUCGAGUGUCUUCGGCACGCCGAAGAUGGCAUAAGUUUGCAAGAACUUAAAGAAUGGAUUAUUCAUGAUAAAAAUAUGAAAAUUGGGGAAAUAUAUUAAAAUAAAACUUAGUUAUUGCAAGCUCCUGCCCGUCGAUCUAAAUGCAUUUGUCUGGAUAGUUAGUUAGGACUAGGUAGCUGGAGGACAUUCAACUGGUUCGAUACCCAGCCCCUCUGUUGUAUUAUAGAAACACUUUUCCACUCUUUAUACUCGCUACUAUGCAAUAUUAAACACUAUCCCGAAAAGCGGAGGACAUAACAACAUAAGACAUUGUAAGUGUAUAGGCAGCAAAACCCUUAGCAAAAAAAGACACUAUCUCGAACACAACCUAUCGGAACCCAAUCCUAAAACCCCCAAAAAAGCUCUCGUGUUAGUCUAACUACAAGUGUUUUUGUACUUUAAGCGAUCUCAAUAUAAACAAGGAUAAUAUAGAUGACCUUAAAUAUCAUAAGUAUGAGUUGGCACAGACUGCAGAUCGAUAGAUUGACGUAUUGUUUGAUUGUUAGAUGUUUGUUUUUCAGUUCCGCAGUUCAGGUCACAAAUUGUAAGCCAAUUAGAUCCAAACUCUAAAUUGUAAUUUACAA